AAAUGUAACAGUUUUUGACCGUUUGAAUAAAGGCUUCUCGUACCAGUUUGUCAAUGUAGCUAGUUAGCGAACGCCUGGUCGAGCCGUAUAGCUAGCAACAUCUGGCUAACUUACUUUGCUAAGAUGAACUCCUGUGCCAAAUUGUUCAUUUUGAUAGCCAUCGCAGGAGUUUGUGUUAUCUUGUAUUUGGCCACUUUGGAGGAACAUGUUACAACAGACCUGAAUUGUGGAAAGAGACCAGAGAGACCAUCAACGAUGAUGCCAUUUGACUAUGAUGAUUAUGGUGGUGGUCGGUUCGUUGGUGGCACUCCAAUUGACCCUAGUAUUUGGCCGUGGCAAGUCUCCAUCAUGCACCGUCCGACCGCAGCAGAUCCUUUUCAGCAUCACUGUGGAGGAGCCAUCAUCAGCCAGGACUGGAUACUGACAGCUGCCGUAUGUGUUCAGGCACCACAGCAUCGCCUUUCAAGCAACCUGAUAGUCAAAGCUGGGACCACGGAUACAAACCACAAUGACGCGAACACACAGGAAUUACAAAUUGAGAGGAUAGUCCCGCACAAACUUUUUAAUCCUAUCACACUGCGAUACAACAUUGCACUUCUGAAGUUGAAACCCCCCCUUGUAUUCAACACCUUUGUGGAUGAAAUUUGCAUCCCAGAUAAUUCCAAUGUUGAAGAACAUCAGUAUGGUAUCUGCCACAUCACAGGCUAUGCAGGGCCCAAUGCAAACACCAGCAUUUUACAAGAAGCAGAAGUGAAGAAAAUUGGCACUCCCAGGUGUAACAUGCCUACCUGGUGGAACUACAAAGUGGCUAGGGACAUGUUUUGUAUGUCUCAUCCCAGUGGCAUGGGUGGUCCUGAUGGUUGUGAGGUAAACAGAGGCCGAUACAACCUGUUACAUUCAGACAUGAUAUGUGUCCCCAAUGGCACCCCUUUUGACCAGAGCUCUGGGGUGCCAUUUGGGACACAGACAUGUCCUACAUUUUGUUUAAUCUCUGACAUUUUAGAUAACAUGUUAAUGAAUCUUGGGGGCCCUGUGAGCUGCUUCAUGCCUGCAAACAACCGCUACUACAUCUAUGGAGUGCGGGUGUAUGCCAAAGACUGUGGUGUGCCUCGUCGGCCCAACAUUUACCUCAAAAGCCUCUAUACUUUAGCCUCUACCCCAGUGGACCCCCAUAGCCGGCCUCCACUCCAGUGGACCCCCAUAGCCAGCCUCCACCCCAGUGGACCCCCAUAG